CUCGCACGUCAUAAGGUCACGUAACGCAAUGAAUUUUUCAAAGCCAUGUUAUAUAAUAUACAAAAGUGCAGAAAGAAUCAUGAUGUUCAUUGUUUCAGUGUUUUAAAAUCAUACGACUUAGGUUCAAAAGAAUAAAGUCGACAACUGAAACUCGAUAACUUCUGUACCAUUUCUUGUCCUCCCUUAAUAAUUUAAUGUUACAUUUAAUGUCUUCAAACAGGUUUUGGUAAGUUUACUGCCACAGACUCAACAUUGAUAAAAAAAGACUGUUAUAAUUUCAGUGAGUUAAUUUGAACUCCAGUGGAGUUAUUUUUAAACCCAAAUUUCCUGAAAUUAUGGCUGCUAACAGUAAUGGGGGUUUGGUUAACAGGAAAAUUCUUAUCUAAUUAUGUCAAAGAUUUUCUUCAUGAGAAAAUACCUUUAAAAAAAGUCAUAGCGUUUGAAAUUGUUGCAAGAUCACGAGGGAAAAUUACCUCCCUUGAUAGCAGUCUUUAUGCCGUCAAUAUUGUUUAUUAAUAAACUUUUGUUUGAGAUUAUUGGGAGGAGUAUAGAAUUUUUGACAAUGAAUAGAAAAAAAACUAUUGUGAAAAAUCCGUAGCGGAAAAGCAGGCCUAGACCGGAAUGACUUGCAUUGAGCUAGCCCUAUUUGGUUCAUCCUUUAUACAAUCUUCUCAGUUGGUUAUCUCGAAGCACAACACAUCGUAUCAAAUUUCUCACUGAUAGUCUUUGUUAACUUGUGUUUACUUUUGAACGGCGGGGAAUUAAAACAAUCUACUUUCCCUUUGACUUCGCUUUGUUGUUUUUGAAUCAAAUUGGCCGAGACAUGAUGCGAAGAUGAUUUUAAUAUAUCGCUCCAAGCUCUCAGUGAGUUGUACAAUUGUGACAAGCAUCGUUUUCAAGCGUCGAUUUCAGUCAUGCAGUGUACGUUUUCUAGUUUCUGGAUUUUUUCAUGGAGCUGCAGUUUGAGGUAUUAUCAUAUAUCAGUCUUACAUCAUAUAUAGAAUAUCUUGACAAGCGUUGAACCAUUAUUUCGCACGAGGCCGAUUAUUCAGCAUGAUUAAGGGAAUUUUAAUAUCGUAGCUGUCAACUGAUUAGUGCGGGCAUCGGAUUUACUAUCCAAAUCUUUGGACCGCAUGUUCAAUAUUCGUUAAGACAGUAUAAAUCCCGGAUCAAACGAGGAUGAGAGUUAAUCUCAAGAGUUGGCGGUCACGAAUUGUUACAGGGGACAUUUCAAGGUCGUUGAAGAUGAAUUUUAUGUUACAUGUUAGUGUUGGAAACACAUUAAUUUCAGUAAGGACAGCUAACCAAGGUCUUGUGACUGCUAAAUCUGAUGCAUUCUCAUCCUUGUUUGAUUCGCGCUUUAAUAUUAUCAUUUUACAUACAACAAAUAUUAAGUUUCUGUCACAACAGUUUAUCUCUAUUUUCAUUCAAAUUACAUCCCAAACACUUGAGUUUUCUAUAAGGAUCGUAAUCAGUCAACGUAGAAUACAAUAUGCCGUGGAUUUUUCGAUGUAUCGCAUGUUCAGAGACACGUACAAUACAAAAAAACAAGUCUCUUUAUCUUCAUUUAUCGUUAUGUGCGCGGUUAUCACAUUCAAUCCGCAAUGUGCAGUAACUAGUUGUACGUGGAUUUAUUAUAGCUGCAGUUUGAGGUAUACCCUAAUAUUAUUAUAUUAUUAACAUUAGAUACAGUAAACAAGUCAUGUAUAAAUAUAACUAUGAACUCUUCCUUAUUCAGCAUGCGACAUUUAUCUACAUGAGUCAUGACAAUUUUAAUAUCGUUCUGAGGCUGGUUAUAGCCGAAGACCGCCGAUAGCGCUAGCCAGUGAUCUUUUCAUGCAUUCUGAAAUUGUCUGUUGAUUAGUAUAACCGAGAUUAAACUUGGUAUUUAUAAAUUCUUUUCAUUUACUGUGAAUUCCAAAUUCGUAGAUUUUUUAGCUUUCCAAGCAAUUUUACAAGAGUUGCAUGAUCAUGAUGAUCCGAUGGCCUUUGACUUCGUGGGGUCCGACUCAGAACCGUGAACUUUGUUUUCAGUACUGCCAGAUAUUAACAUUAUCACAUUGAACUGCUGUUCGAAAUACAUCAAUAUCACAUACAACAAAUAAGUUUCCCUUCAAAAGCGUUGAACAUUCGACAUUUAUUUGUAGCCAUGCAACCUUUGCAUAUGCCGACGUUUCAUACGUCAGUGUAAAAAAAUCAUUAUUUAAUUCGCCCAAAUUAGAAAAUGUUUCGAAAUAGCAAAUAUUUAUGACCAUCAGGCUCAGGCAUUUUGUGUAUAUUAAUCUGAUAUACUGAUAGAUAACGAAAAAACCCCCAGCAAAACUACACUCUCAAACCGAACAUUAAUUUUACUUCUAGUUUCCAAUCAUAGACAACAGGAGUAUCUUAUUAUCGCGUGCGUUUUAUGAUUUACAGUUUUGACAGUAUAGCCUUCUCCCUCACAACGAUAGCAUGCAACAUGUAUAUUUAAGAGGAGCGGGCCGGCUUUUAUUAUUAUAAUUUCGAUAAAUGCUUAAGUUUUCGUUUCAAAGAAUUCAGUGAACCGUAUCUAGAGUUUAUCAAACUUUAUCAAGAAUAAGGAUUUGAUAACUUUGAUAACUUCUGUCGUAAGGUCGAUCGAUUUCGUAAUUAUAUCAGACGUCGUUACUGCCAGUUACCUGGCAAAAGGACAUUUUAAUAAAAUAACUAUGUUAUAAAAUCGCCGUUGCGUUGGCGUUGGCAAGUUGAUAUACUGAAUAUUUACACACGAUCCACGGAGGAAAUUAUGCACUUUGCGAUAGGAACAAGGUCGUGACCCAUGUUCAUCGGGAAACCUAUAUAUAAAGCCUGUCAGCACUUAGGGCUUUAUUGAAUAUUGUACGGAGCUUGAACAUCUGAACGGCAUGAGUGUAAUUUAUUCACAGGAUAAAUAAAUAAAAAGUUUAUGUCGGGCAAAAUAAAUAAUUUAUGCAGGUGAACGUUUGUACAGUGUCGCUUGUAUUUCAACGAGGGGCGACGUUUCGUCUUUGUGUGCGAAUGAUUGUGUUGUCUGCCGUGUCUAUACCGUGAACACGUAUUGAUAAUGCCGUAAUGGUCUUAUAAACGGUCUUUGGUUCACGUUGAGUACUGAAUGAGAUGCUUUCUUGCUCUCUUGUUUGUAGGAUGUCAUCCUUCGGGGCACAAAACAUGGAGCGAAAAGCAAGAUAAGAAUAUGGACACAGCACUACAGUACGGCAAAUCUCGCUCUCCGCUGCCGGAAUCAGAAAAUGGUGGUGUCCUAUUAUCUCGACAUCAUAACCCCGACCAAGAUGAUGAAACACAAUCACACACGAGCGACGAUGACGCGGGCGAAGAGCGUGUUGUUGUGAAUGUCUCGGGUUUGAAAUUUGAAACACGACAAAAAACUUUGGAUGAAUAUCCUGAGAGUUUACUAGGAAAUCCGUCGAGACGUCAUCGAUAUUAUGAUCGGAAUCAGAAGGAGUAUUUCUUUGACAGAAAUAGACCGGCUUUUGAUGCUAUAUUAUUUUAUUACCAAUCCCGUGGGAAGCUACUGCGGCCAGCUAACGUGCCGAUGGACGUAUUUGCUGAUGAAAUACGAUUUUACGAACUAGGAGACGAAGUAUUACAGCGAGUUGAACAAGAGGAAGGUUAUAUCGAGGAAGAAAAGCCAGACUUACCAGAUCACCCAUUACAGAAGGCGAUUUGGAAACUAUUUGAAUUCCCAGAUACGAGUUUCGCUGCUCGUAUUAUCGCGAUUAUUUCAGUAUCUGUGAUAGUGAUAUCGAUUGUGACUUUUUGUGUCGAAACUUUGCCUCAAUUUCAACCUCAAAAAGAGGUCAUUUUCAACGGCACUGUGAAGAUACCGGCAGAAGAUGAACGAUUUCGACAGCCAUGGUUUGGUCUUGAAACUGCUUGUAUUAUUUGGUUUACAUUUGAGUACUUAGUGAGACUAUUGUCCUCACCGAAUAAGUUAGUAUUUUUGCGUUCAUUUCUCAACAUUAUCGACGUGGUAGCAAUAAUGCCGUACUAUAUCACACUACCGAUGAAAAGUUCGAAAGCGUCGAGUUUGGGUGUCCUACGAGUCAUACGAUUGGUUCGUGUCUUCCGGAUAUUUAAACUUUCAAGACAUUCAAGAGGGCUUCAAAUACUGGGCCACACAUUACGCGCUAGUUUACGAGAGCUCGGAUUACUAAUAUUUUUCCUACUCAUUGGGGUAAUUCUAUUCUCAAGCGCUGUCUACUAUGCUGAAGGAGGAGAGCAAGGCACAAACUUUGGGGUAAGUACAGUACAUAUAAUUUCUACAGCGUAUAGAUAGGGUUACAGUUUGCGAAGCGAUGAACUAUUUUCGCCCGAUUGUCUGAAGGAUCACACUACUUGAAAAUUAUAAGACGUUCUUCAAAAUUUCUAGCAAAGGUCACUAUUACAGUAACUUCCAAUUUCAGAUAUAUUCCAGGCAGAUAGAUCUGUCAACGAGGCUCGUGUAAUUCUCCGUUAUGCAACUUUGUUGAUAGUUUAUAUAAAUAACAUGUAUACCAGUUAUGUAUACACUUGAUCGGACCCCGCUUGAGUUUGACGCUUGUAUAUAUUUGCUUGCAAUCUAGCCCAGGUUCUUUGGCAAGGCUAUACCUAUUAGUCAUCCUAUAUGGCCCAAUUAACAAAAACGUUUAUACUUAAUGCAGCAUGAUUGUUGUCGCUGUUGCUAACCGCCGUUUAUUUAAGCCCGAACCAAACAAAACGAGACUUAUCAUCUAUAUAUAUUGUGUUUCAGAAUUCGUGAUUUUAAUGUUUUAAGUAAUUUCUCCCAAAAGCAUUACUUUUUUAGUGACUAACGCUAUUCAUCUAUUGUCACGCGCUACGAUUUAACAUAAACAAAAACAAAAUACGGUACUAGCUUUCACGAGCAGGUGGAACAGCCUUUAAUAAUGCGAAUUCAUAUUCACGUCCGAGUUAUUUGUUUAAACAUAUUUCGAUUGGAAACUCGAUUUUUCAAAACUCUUGUUACCGUUUUGUAUUAAUAAUCGGAUCUAAUUACAAUUCGGAGGGUACAGUAUACUGAUAAGGUUUCCCAAACAGUUUUUGCUAUGCUCACUGAUUUUACCUUUAAACAAUGCCAUAUUCCUUAGAAAUUUUAAAUAGCUUUUAGCAAAGUGUAUUCGUGUUGCGUGUAUCGUCCAUUAGCUAAGGCGGCUAUUUUUUAUCGGUUAUCUGAAAAAAAGCAUUCUUCAUUAGAAGUAACUAGAAAAUCGAAACUCGAAAGUGAAAAAAAGUAAUGUAUCAGAGUUAUCUUUAACCAAUAUCAAAAUACUGAUAUCUGAGCUAUAGGGGAUAUAAUAACUUAUUCCUGCCGCCUUGCAUGUAAUGUAUUAUGCAUAGCAAUUUCAAUAGCCUGUCGAGUCAUUGUCUGACUCAUCUGACCAACUUUAAGGUUUUAUUUUCAAUCUAAAAUGCAAAGUGCAGGACUUUUUUAUACAAUUACUUUUUUUUCGAAAUUUUUAUUCAAAAUACAUGAAUUUUAUGCGUAACGUAAAUUUUCAAUAAACAUUUAUUUGUUCAAUAAAAUUACCCGAGAUUUGUCAAAUUAAUACCGUUAAAUGCCAUAACGGGUACGGAGGGUUGCACAAAUCCAAACAAACAAAUGUUUACUAUAGCAUUGCUUUGCGCUGAACAUAUUCCACUGCACAUUAUUUUCGCAAGAAACAUCUCCGGAAACCAGGCAAUAUAUUGUGUCUCCCUCAAAAUCUUCUCGAAUGCCGUCCAAUUGAUUUCACAUAAAACGGAGGAAAUAUUUCCUCUGCUAUAUAUAACUCUAUUUGAAUUUUAUGCGCAACGUAAAUUUUCAAUAAACAUUUAUUUGUUCAAUAAAAUUACCCGAGAUUUGUCAAAUUAAUACCGUUAAAUGCUAACGGGUACGAAGCGAUUGCACAAAUUCAAACAUACAUGUACAAUUUGUACAAAUGUUUACUGUUCGCCGGCCAGAACCUGUUAGUUUUAAAUCCAAACAGUAGCGGAGAAUCAUGCAAUCAUUUCUGAUUACAAAACAUUUUGUAUGAAUCAUGAAGUUCAAUUCAGUAGUUCAUAAAUGUUGAAUAUACUUUUAAAACUUGAGGGUUUAAUCUAUGCAUCUGACUACUGUGAGCAUUGAAAAGUCUUGUGUUCAUCGCACAGUGAGUUAAAAUUAACGUUUAUUCUUUUAAGUGCGCUUGUGGUUUCACAUGUGGCAGCCAAACAUUGCGUUUGUUUUGAAAAUAUGCACAAGAAUUAAUAGGCGUCACGAAUCUAUAGCAUUGCUUCGCGCUGAACAUAUUCCACUGCACGUUAUUUUAGCAAGAAACAUCUCAGUCCAGAAACCAGGCAUAAGUGUCUCCCUCAAAAUCUUCUCGAAUGCCGUCCAAUUAAUUUCACAUAAAACGGAGGAAAAGAGUUCCUCUGCUAUAUAAAUAUAUUUAAAAAGCCAAUAAAAGCAUAAGGGCGUACCUCAUGACUAUACUUGGUAAUUUUUAAUGUAAGAAUGUAAAAACUGGCAUUGAACAAUGUCAAUUUCAGGGAGUUAAUUUAACUCCGGUGGAGUUAUUUUGAACCUAAUUUUACUCUUCAUUUGGAGUUAAAUUUGGUUCAAAAUACCUCUACUGGGAGUUUAAUUAACUUCCUAAAAUUAACAGUGUAAGCUUAUUCAAUUCUAAAAUAGCAGAUAUAUUUAGGAACAGUGAACGUUAAACUUUGUAGAAAAUAUGUACAGAUAUGGACGAGUGGUACUUGAUACAAAGCGGGGUAAAAGCAUUCUAUUUUUAACCAGAACUAUUUGCGUGGGAAUCGGGUUUUUUAUCUCACUUACGGUCUCCUAAUUUAACUCCUUGAAAUUAACAGUUUGAAAUUACCCAUUUUUUCCAGACAAAACAAAGAGAAAAUUCUCGUUUACUCAUGAAAUAAUCUUCUCUAAAAAUUGUCUCCUCUAGUCAGCAUCAAUUUACCUUCUAGGUCAUUGACAGAACGUAAUCCCUAGCAGUCAGCUGCAUGUAAAUGUCAAAAUGAAAAUUUGCAAAAUGAUUCAAUUCUAGAACAUAUUCGACGAGAAAUAUUGCUAGUAAAAUCUCCCAUAAUAUUGCAGUGUUUAUUGCAGAUGAUUGCAGAUAAACGGAUUGAAGAAAGCAGAUUUUAUUGACUAUGAAGUCAAUGUCAAUGUUGAAGAGUUUUUCCAUUAAUUUCGUAAUGAUAUUUUUGAAAUGGGUUUUGCAGUAUUUAUAUUAAUAAGAAGCGAUAGUAAUAAAAAAAUGGAAAUGAAAGCUGAAUCUUUUUUUACUUCUUCCAUUAAAAGAGAACAAGCUUGCGAUAUCUUAGAAUUGAGUCAUUUUGCGAAGUUUAUACUUUGACGUUUGUUGCAUGACACUAUAGCAUUAAAAGAUUGGACUCUUGGACAAAUCGAUAUAUAAUCAGUUCAUAUGACAUUCACCCGAUAUCGAUCGAUAUGAGCAGGGCCGCCGAAAGGUUUCGAGGGGCCAGGGGGGCAAAACUUCCCAGGGGGCUCCUAUGAAGUCGUCAUAGCAUCGGUGUUUCACAUGGUUUCGUUCCUAGAAUAUGCAGUUAUCGAAUAAUAACAAAGUGUAAUAAAUUCGGCACUAACGUAGCUAUCAUAACGGCCUUCGUUCCUUUGUGGGCCCUUGUGAGAUGGAUGCUGGGGCAAAGUGCUCCCCUGCCUCCUCUCCCCCUCGGUGGACUUGCAUAUGGAAGAGUGCUUCCAGUUUGGCUCAUCCAUGCACACAGCAAUGGUAAAAGUGACCGUAAUUUUUUAUGCGACUGACUUCCAGGGCCGUGCCACCUGGGGGAGGGGGUGUAAAACCCCCCUCCCCCAAGAAAAGUAAAAAAGGGGGCCUAACUUGCGGAGAGGGGGCCCUGGAAAGCUGGAAUUGCGGAACGUGUUAAAUAUUAAGGAAUUUUCUGGAAAAUGGGCCUAAAAAUGUCUUCAAAACUAAAUUUAAGCACCCAUUAUGUAAACUUAUAGUGUUUGAAAAAAUUUUUGGGACCUCCCCCCCCUUCCCCCGUCGCCAGUAUUUUGCGGAAAAAUUUUUUAGUUUCUGGAAAAUUUUUUUGGGGGGGAGGGGCAAAUGGGAGGGGGGCCAAAUUUUUUAUUUCAUCCCCCCAACCAAAAACCAUUUGACACGGCCCUGCUGACUUUGGUUUCCAUCUGUGCUAUCACUGGACUAUUAAACGUUUAUUGAUUUCCCAUGGGCAGCGCAGUUAUGGUUCUAGUGGCAUGGAAUUUCUGAGUAUGGAGAAUUGAUGUAUAUGAUUUAUUGAGGAAUAUUAUUUCUUGACCAUGAAUUCAACUUUGUUCGUACAUCUUUGUGGUGCAUGGCGUCUUAUCACGGUUUAAUUAUUCUGCAAUGAAAGAUUAAAAUGUUAUCUUCACAGAUAGUCCAUAUUUCUGCGGUCAUAGACUUGAAGUAUCGGCCUUGAAAUUUUUAUCUGCAUCUUGACUAUUUUCCAUUAGGAAAACUAAUUGUCCUAUUAUUUCACAUGUGAAUGAUAGAUACAGACUGUUUUGCAUCAGUUAGAUGGAUUGAAUCAAAGUAAAGAAAACAUUGAUUUCACAUGAAAAAUUAUCGUUACAUAUAUAGUACCGAGUAGAAUUUUAACAGCAAAAUGCAAAAUUCAAAUGAACUCAUAUGCGAUGACACUAAAAUGGCGUGAUGCACAGAUAUCUUCACGAGUUACAGCUGCCGUAUGAUUAGUUAUUCGAGAACUUUCCUCCGAUUAUUUUCAUAUCUAAUUUCGUUGGCGUUCUUUUGAUGAUUUUAAAAAAUUUUUGACGUCAACCGAACUGUAAUCCAACGUUAUAUGCUUGAAGUAGUCAAACAACUGGUAAAACUCGUUCGUUGAAAAUUCGGCGGCACAAGUUAAAAACUUAGAACGCCCAAUUUGGUGUCAGGCGGAGAACAAUCCCCAUAUUCUUUCGGGCAAUAAUUAUUAGUAAUUGCUUUCAUCGUAAUUAUGGCGAUGUCUGUUAAAUCCUAUAUCUAUAUCAGGAUGUAUUUGCAGUGGCAUGUCACCGCUGCCCCCACUACGCAAUACACGCUUUCGGAAGUACAUCACCUUGUAUAUAGAGCCUCGUUUUCGUGAUUGCGCUGCUCAGGGCAGGAAAAAAGAAUUUUCUUCCUGGGUGCACAACCUGAAGACCAAAAUUUCCUGCAGACCAACGGUAAAUUCAAGAAUGAUUGGCUGUCAACCAUAUGUUGUUGCGCCCAUAGUGGGACAUGGAUGUUAAGGUUUCCUUCAAAUUUUCAAUAAGAAAACGUGAAGUAAUUUUCGUAUAAGAAACGUGAAGGCGGAAAUUGACGUCCAGUACCUAUGAAGUUUGUAGCGCUGGCAUAGACCGUUUGACCUUUUUCGCUAAUCAAGUUUUGGUUCAUUAAACCAUAGUGUUAUUCUUUACAUUGAAGUUAAAAUACGAAAUUUCGGCACACUCCUGGAAGACCGCAUGGAGAAAACAAAAGAAAGGGAUUGGAACAGAUGUCCAAAUAGCUUAAUCUUUGGUUUCACUUUUUGGACUCGAGUGAGUCUCACUCCAUAUAUAUAUAUGGUGCUCACUGGUUGUUACCAAGUCAUUUUUGACGAUGUGAAACAUGCAGAACCUCUCUUGUGUUUUAUGUACUGUGUGCAAAGUGGUCUGUUUGAUUGCAGAGGUAGUCGCUGAGACAUCGGCCACCUUGACUAUGUUGACGACCGUUGUGGAAACAUGCAGGGUUUAAUUAGCUAUUCUGAAGUUGAUGAGUGGACUGGGACGAGUGUUAAAAAGCGCCCAAAUUAAGAAAUGAACGAAAUCACUAAAAAGACCACCUCAAAAUUAGUAAGUAUACAAAGUUUGAAGACGUUUACAUGAAUAUCCUUCGAAUAACAAGCUUUCAAAAAUUAUGAAAUUUGGGACGUGCGUCCAAAAAACAAAAAUUGCAAUACAUUUCAUAGUAAAUAUCGGAUUUUCGAAAGCUUAUUAUUCGAAGGAUAUUCAUGUAAACGUCUUCAAACUUUGUAUACUUACUAAUUUUGAGGUGGUCUUUUUAGUGGUUUCGUUCAUUUCUUAAUUUGGACGCUUUUUAACACUCGUCCCCAGUCCACUCAUCAACUUCGGAAUGGCUAAUUAUCUGGGGCCGGUUGUUCAAAAGCCGGUUAACUUGACCCUAGGUUAACCUAAAAUUCAAAGCAAACUUCACAACAGCUUGUUUAUAAACUUGGAAAUAUUUCUUCAGAAAUCUUGUGUGGAUCAAUGAGAGUUUUCUUCUCCGAAGCUUUGAGAUAAAUAAAUAAAUAGAUAACAAUUUAUUAUCUAUUUUACAAAUGGAUAACAGAAAUACAUAAACUAAAACAGCAGGUUAAAUUUUAACACAGGGUUAGCGCUAAUCCAGCUUUGAACAACCUGCAGAUUCAGUUAAGAGAGAAAGCAGUCUUAUAUGUGUAAACAGUGUACAACAUUUUAACGCUAGAGUAGAACUGUGAGUAGGACAGCAAGCUAUAUUAUAUAAAAGACUUACCAAGGUCACAUAUUUAUAGAUUUUUUUUGGCUGGGGAGUUCAGUUAAGUUUUCUUCGUGAGCGGUCCGCACUGUUGGCUUCCAACCGCUCAGGAACCAAUCAAAAUGCUGCAUUUUGCGAAUGGUCUGCAUGCACAGCCAGAAAAUAAGUUAAAACUCAGCGUUGUUAAAUUAAAUGUGACGAUUAUUGUCUUCCAAUCAUGCAGGCUACUUCCGAUUGCUGAGCAUGCAUGACGUUAGUAUAUUUAUGUAUAUAGCAAUUAAACAACCAUUGUAAUAAAAGUCUGUUCUCAGUUUAGAGCACUUCUAUUAAAGUAAAGAUCUAAACACAGCACGCGCGCAGCUUCGUUGGAAAGCGUUAGUGCUACAAUUAUAUAUUUUGUUUGACAACAAACGUUUAUCACUAUGCUUUAUGCCACAUGAUUAUACACUUAAGAAAUAAACAUUCUGGUGUACAUAUAAUAAUACCGAAGUUUCGAGAACGUUUUGGAAGUGAAAAUAACAUUAUGCAAAUGUUCACUUGAUUAUCUUCUCUUCCCAUGUGUUCAUAACAUUUCAACUGAUCACUGACUUCCCUACUGUGCGAAUUAUAAUCGCUUUUAUGCCAUGUUUUUUCUUAACUUGCCCAUUAUUUUAGCAUAAGGGUCACGCAAUUAGCUUUCCGUGCCGCUAUCAAAGGCGAGAAACCCGCCAAUACAUAUCUAAAAUAUGUAUCUUGAAAAUCCAACUUAUCUUCGAUUUUUAAGAUGCAUGUAUUUGGAAUAUGUUUUAUUCUAUAUUUUUUAAAAUUGCAAGCAGGAAAUGGAUUUAAUUUUGGACAGAAUGUAGAUUAAGUUUUCUAUUUUCAAAUGAAAACACUAAAAAUUUCCCACGUUCGGUCUUUAGCGCAAAGUCAAAACACAGUCUUUAGCGCAAAGUCAAAACACAGUCUUUUUUAACCAUGAUAAAAAAGCUUUCAACUGUAAGUAAUUAUGCAUGUGUGACGCGACGUACUGUUGAGUAAUUUGCAAAUAUAUUAUUCAAACACGAGGCAAAUAUAUUAUUCUUUCCAAUGAAACAAUAAGAAUUCGUAAGGGGCAAUUUAAAUAUCGACAAAGGAUUUUUUUAAAUUCUAAAUUUUGAAUUAUGCCAUUUGCCAUUAAAAUAUUAGUGGAUAAAAACUUGUUGCCUUUGUAAUUAGCUGUUUAACGUACCUCAUCAACAUUAUAGGGAAACCUGGGCCAAUAUAUGUUCCACAUUGACCUUGUACAUGGCAUUGCCACUUAUUUCCGACCCCCCUCCCCUUGACUGUAGUAAAACCAAACUAACCUUCGUGUUAUUUUAUUUUAGAGUAUUCCUGAAGCAUUUUGGUGGGCGGUGGUUACCAUGACAACGGUCGGUUAUGGCGACAUGAAGCCAGUGACGCUGUGGGGAAAGAUCGUGGGCUCACUUUGUGCAAUAUCUGGUGUUCUUACCAUUGCUCUUCCUGUGCCAGUUAUUGUAAGUACUCAAUUGGUUUUAAUUAUUUUUAAAAUUACCUGACUGCCAGUUCAGUGACUUGGUAUUACUUAAGAUAGCCCCAAGCGAGAGAACCGACUAAGUGUCCUUGUAUUUUGUACGUAACCCGCAUUUACCAGAUUUUAUAGCCACAAUAUAUGUAUCAUUAUUAUUACAUGAUACAUGAUUUAUCAUACAACUAUGAAGUAUGCACAAUGCAAAAGAUACCACAGUGCAUGAAACCAUCUGAAAUAUCGGAUCCCCUAAAAAUAUAAUUCUCCAUUACGAUGGCAUAUUUUGUGUCAAAAUAUCGUGAGAAAGAACAAAAACGCUUGAAGUUAUUUUAAGCGAAGAACCUUCCAUAUAUAUAUCAAGACUCCCAAGGAAGGCUCUUCAUUCGUAACACUGAAGUGUGUUUCAGUUCAGAUCAGUACAAACCAUGGCCACUUCGUGUUCAAAGACCUGUAUGAAUCAUACACAAAAUACACAGUAAUUAAACCUUACAACAUCCAACAUGCAAUAUGCACUGUGGUGCAUGCAAUUAUGAACGAUACAGCAUGCACAAUAGAAUAAAGUAAAGUAAAAUAAAACCCCAAAAUAUUAAACACACAUGACAUGAAUUAGAACGUCAAUUCAAUGAACCAUUAGACACACCUCGCGCAUUAAUCCAGCUAUACAUCAAUUUUUCACUCCUAUACCCCGCUACAAUUCUGGAUAGAUUAUUCCAAGUUCCUUCCGUAUCCCUUUUCUAGUCUGCGUGUCAGGCUCUAUGCUUAAAAUAGAGCCUGCUACUGAAGUCAAUAAAAAAUGGACUGUGAUUUGGAUGCACGAAAAUAACAAUCAAUCAAUAAUUUAGAAUAUGACUGUGACACCCAAUUUUCCCGCGUAAUUGACUUGAUUUGGAUCAGGAUUCAACUGGAAAUAUCUCGAACAUAAAUUGUCCAAUUUUCAUUCUACGGCCAGGAAUUACAUACAAAAGGCUCCUAAUUGUACUGACCGUGUUUAUAGACAGUAAAAGCAGUAAUUAAAGCGGCCAAAAGUAGAAUUACAAGUAACGAAUCUCAUAUUAAAUAAACAGUAACUAGAUAUUACCUUGAAAGGCAAGGUAUUUAUUUCUGACCAAUGGGAAUUUUGCGUACGAUUUGUAUGCAUAAAUCCAGUAGCAGACUCUAUUUCAAGCAUAGAGCCUGACACGCAGGCUAGCCCUAUUCCAGAUUUAAUUAUAAUUGUACUAAAUAGCAGUACAACAAAAAUAUGGCAGAAACUAUUCUUCAUUACUUUAUUUUUUUUGCAUAGGUGAGCAAUUUUAACUAUUUCUACCACCGUGAGAACGAACAUCGCGCGGCAGAAGCGAGCCGUAAAGAGAAGGAGGAGAAAGAGAGAAGGGCAGAAGAGUUGCGACGUAGGGAUGAAGAGGAGGAAGGAGGAAUAAAGAUGGAUCACAAUGGUAUGAAUGGACCUGAGAGUACUGGGACCGACUAUGGCAAAACUUACGCCAAGACUACGUACUCGAAGGUUCCUACAACGGUAAAGUCUGAUUCAGUAGAUGCCUCGGAUAAUAUUACAUUGGAGACUGGGAUCUAG